UAAGAGCCUCAAUAUCAAAAAAUCAACUAUUAAGAAAUCGGACCUAUUACACAUAUCAACAGAAAAUAUUCUAGGAAUCCAACGACUAGAAUCAUGUUUUUCAUUCCAUGGUAAAACCAAGAUAGUAUGCUUGUUAAUCAAAAAGGCUAAUUUUGAUAUUUCGUAUUUAUAUAUCUCUUUUCCCUGCCUAGACUCGAUUGAUUUCUGGGUAAGUGACAUGUCUCGUCAAAUACCUCCAGAAAGAAUCUUUGAAAUCAACAUAUUACACUCGCCCGCGAGAAGUAAGGUAAAAAUAGGCCCCGCUAAACUGCAUUUAUUUAAUGGGCAAUUUUGCUUGGUGGCAAAUUAUCCCUUACCAAAUAUCAUGAGUCAAUGGAAUAUCGUCGAUAUCAAAAGGUUUGGUCAAUUAGCCAAUAAAUUUUGCUUUGAGACCUCGCACACUAACGAAAAACGAAACAAAUCGGGUAUUUAUAUAUUGAAUUCUGUCGAAGAUGUUAAAAAAAUUGAGAUUGCGUUUAAAGAAGCCAACGAGUUUAAAUUGAAGAAAAAUGUUCUUUUCAGCGAAAAAGACCUGAUAAAACUUUAUGAGACUAUCGAUUCAACAUUCCUUCAAAGACCUUUUAUCAAUCAUUUUUCUAGUAGACAAAAUAUAAAUUCAAUCAAUAAUAACAAGGUUGAUUAUGACUUAAACUACAAUACUGAUUUACCUCCUCCUAUGCCAAUUUUUGAUAUAGACGAAAAACUAAGGUUGAACCAAUGCCAUGUUUACAGUCGCAUUAACCAAUCUCGGAAAAAUUCUCUACCGCUUAAGUCAUGUCGCGAAUACUCAACUUUGCCAAAGUUAAAACGUAAUUACCUCCACAAUGGUGAUAGGUUUAAUUUCCCUAAGAAUUUGAAUCUUGAAAACAAGCCCUAUAGAGCUUAUGAUAAUUCAAAAACCGGCCCUUAUCACUUUAAAGAUUCAAAUUAUGAAAAAUCUAUAAUUAGUGAACAAUUAAAUGGUAAUCUAUCUCAUUAUUCCUUAAGUCUUAAGGAGCAGAUAGGAACCGAGCCUAUAAAUAUUAAGAGAAAUGGUUAUUCGAAUUCUUUUAUGAUCGACAAGAAAUUCCAUCAAAAUUCAAUGCUAAAUAUAGUUCGACCGAGUCCUGAAGGGUGCCCUUCAAUAACUUAUGAUAGUUUCGAUUUUGAACAUUCAAAUUACUUUUAUGAAGUACCAAGUAAAUUGCAAACCAAUAAAAUUAACAAUUCUAUAUCAAAUUUGAAUGAUAAUUUAAAUGAUUCCUAUUUCCAAAAUGGGGCUGAUUCAGGCUUGGACUUGUAUUACCAAAGGAUAAAGAAUGACGGUGCAAAAAAAAAAUCGAAGCUUAAAAAUAUUUUUAACUCUAAAGAGGAUGGCUUAUAUUCAAAUCCUCCAAGUUUAAGCGGAAAAUUUAGUGAGUCUGUGUAUGUCGAAAUGAAUAAUGGCCAUGAUAUUUAUUUAAAGAAUAUUUAUCGGUACGAAAAAGAAUGUAAUGAUAAUUUUAAUGAUUACGUAGAAAUGGGUAAUUUAAAGAGUGAAGAUGACAUUGUAAAAUCUAAUCCGAAAAACAUAGUAAAGAAAAAUAUCAUUUCCACGACCGACGAAAAUGAUUUUAUAAAUUUAAAUAAUUUUCUUAAACACAAAGAAGGAGAUGAAAAAUGUUCCCGGGCUUGCAAAUGUUAUGACUGUUGUCAAUAUUGGGAAAAACUACCCUUAAGGCCUUUUAUGCCCUACAAUUUUCAUUCAACUAUGAAGAAGGAUUACGACCCCGAUGAAUAUUAUGAUAGAAUCAAAAAAUUGUAUGAUGAGAAAUUCGUAAGCUCAAACUUAAUGUGUGAUAAGGAUAGUAGUUAUAACAAAUCCAAGGUAGCAUCCAACCUCAAAAACUAUUUUAAUAAUUUUGUCAAUAUCUCCGAUAUUUCUACGAAAAACCUUGAUCUGCCCCGGAAAAAAAUGACCAAAAACCUUCACCUUAGAACUUCCUAUUAUAGUUCCAGCGAUUCAAAUUUAUUGGAUUAUAAAUGUAAUCAUCGCAACAAAAAUCUAUGCAAAUUAGACGAAGAACUUGCCACGACGAACAUAUCUAAAAUCAAAAAAAUAUUUAAACCUCCAUUUGUACUCCAAAUAUUUUAUAGGAUCAAUAAUGGUUUGGUCACAGAUUGGAAACGGGAUUUUACUAUUCGUAGGAAAAACUCGCUAGACAACCACAAUACCUAUAACAAAUACAAUACGAUUGAUAAAAUGAAUGUUGCAUCGUCUAAAUGUAGGACAAGGUUUGAUCAAGAUUUUAAUAUCAUCCCAGCUUGCAACUAUGAAAACGGCAGAACAGAAUAGGUCCAGUUCUUUUUCAAAUACUAAAAAAUAAUUCAAAUAUAA